AUGGAACGCUUUCAGAAUGUGCUUCUGCGUCUUCUAACUUUUCUGUGUGCUGUUGGCACCGUUACUGGUGAAUGUGAUAUUUCACAGUGUAUUGACCCAAGCACCUGCACUGUGUUGCCAAACAGGAGAACAUGUAAAUGUGCAUUUGGUUACUUUGGAGAUCUUUGUGACCAGGUCGCAACAGUUAAUGUAAUGUGUGGGAAAGACUUCAUGUCCAUCCUAGUGGGCGAAGAGUUCUUCAAGUACCACAAAGUGGACGUGGACUCCGUUCAUUUAACAAACACUACCUGUCGUGCACACAAAGAGGAGAUCAAUGGAUCGUCUUUCUUCACAGUGCAAACACCAAUGGUUCAGUACACUGACUGUGGAGGUAAACCUCUUGAGAAAAACAUAACGCAUGUUGCAUACUCCCUAACACUGAUGUCUGACCCAUCUGUCAAUGGGAAAAUUGUGCGAAGUCCAGCUGUUCAGAUAGAGUACAAAUGUGUCUAUCCGUACAUCCGUAGACUCAGCCUGGCAUUUCCUAUCUUCUCUUACUCCAGUGAAGUAAUGUUCAAGGUGGAUGAGGUGGAUGUCAGGGUGGAGAUGAGUUUGUUCAAAGAUCACACAUACACCGAGGCUUUCACCAGUGCACCUACAAUAAAGCUCGGCGAUCAAGUCUAUGUCCAGAUCCAAGUCACGGAGCCAGAAGACUUCUUCCAUCUGAAAGUGAAUGAGUGUUGGGCCACUCAAACACCACAGCCUAAUGACAAAUCAGGCUUUACCCACACACUGCUGGCAAAUGGGUGUGCAAGUGACAAAACGACUUCAUUCGUAAAACAGUUGGCUCAAGAAAGGGGAAAUGGCAAGGGAUCGACUGUCCAAUAUUUUUUUGAUAUGUUUAGUUUUGAAAGCAAGCCCCACGGUUUCUACCUGCACUGUACUGUACAUCUCUGUACUGCAGAGGAUGAAAAUUCUUGUAUUCCUGAGUGUAAAUCUGUAUCCAAAAGGGAGGUGGUUGUAGAUAAGCAGGCACAAAACCUCCUGUCUUACGGACCAAUCAAACGUGAGGUCCCAGACAGGCCCGUGCCAAAUAUCCUGGCAUUGGUGAUUCCAUUGGGAGUGAUUUGGACUCUGGGCAUCUUCCUUCUCAUCCUGAUCAGCAUUGCUAAGGCUGGAAUACGACACAUGCCAAAUAGUUAA